UCCGGCAGACAGGACAACAUGGCUGCUGCUGCGGGCCGAUACUACGGAGAAGGUGGCAGAGCGACGAAAAGACAGAAAACUGAGGACGGAGGGAUGGCGACGGAGAGCUACGAGGACCCUCACAAACCGCUGCCCUCCCCGGUGGUGCACAUCAGGGGCCUGGUGGACGCGAUCAUGGAGGCCGACCUGGUGGAGGCCCUGCAGGAGUUUGGUGCCAUCAGUUAUGUGGUUAUGAUGCCCAAGAAGCGCCAGGCCCUAGUGGAGUAUGAAGAUAUGAAUGGCUCCUGCAAUGCUGUUAACUAUGCCGCAGAGAAUCAGGUUUACAUAGCAGGCCACCCUGCCUUCAUCAACUACUCCACCAGUCAAAAGAUCUCCCGGCCAGGAGACGCAGAUGACACGCGGAGCGUCAACAAUGUGCUGCUGCUCACCAUCAUCAACCCCAUCUAUCCUAUCACCACGGAUGUGCUCUACACCAUUUGUAACAACUGCGGUCCUGUACAGAGGAUUGUCAUCUUCAGGAAGAAUGGUGUUCAAGCCAUGGUUGAAUUUGAUUCGGUCCAAAGUGCCCAGAGGGCUAAAGCCUCUCUGAAUGGGGCAGACAUCUAUUCUGGCUGUUGCACUCUGAAGAUUGAAUAUGCCAAGCCAGCACGCCUUAAUGUCUUCAAAAACGACCAAGACACGUGGGACUACACUAACCCCACCCUGAGUGGCCAAGAUGCUGAUGGUGAAGGCAAUUGGAACAAUUCACAAGAUCCCAAUGGCAAUCCAAACAAACGGCAGAGGCAGCCUGCCCUUCUAGGAGACCACCCACCUGAUUAUGGUGGUCCUCAAGGAGGUUAUCAUGGCUACAAUGAUGACAGCUACGGCCCCCCUCCUUCCCACCGCAUGGGGCAAGGGAUGGGUGGGCGUGGUCGGGGUAGCCAGCGAUAUGGCCCUGGAUAUGGACCACCGCCCCCUGAGUACGGUCCUCAUUCUGACUCCCCGGUUCUUAUGGUGUAUGGCCUUGAGCCCUCCAAGAUCAAUGCUGACAAGGUCUUCAACAUCUUCUGUCUCUAUGGCAACAUAGAGAGGGUUAAGUUCAUGAAGAGUAAGCCCGGAGCAGCAAUGGUGGAGAUGGGAGACUGCUACUCUGUGGACAGAGCAAUCACUCACCUCAACAAUAACUUCCUUUUCGGACAGAAACUCAGUGUUUGUGUGUCCAAGCAGCAGGCUAUCGUGCCAGGUCAGUGUUACCAGCUAGAAGAUAAUACCAGCAGCUUCAAAGAUUUCCAUGGCUCCCGCAACAACCGCUUCACCUCCCCAGAGCAGGCAGCCAAAAACCGAAUCCAGCACCCCAGCAAUGUCCUGCACUUCUUUAACGCACAACCUGACAUAUCUGAAGAGAUCUUCAACCAGGUGUGUGAUGAACUGGGUAUUAAGGAGCCCACAAGUGUGAAGCUUUUCUCUGGAAAAGGUCCUCAGGCAGGCUGUUCCACAGACGAGGACCAUAAUACUGAAAGGAUGCCUCAGCGUGAGCGAAGUUCAUCCGGCCUGCUGGAGUGGGAAUCCAUCAAUGACGCUAUGGAAGGCCUUUCUCUGAUGAACCAUUACCAGAUGAAAAACCCUAGUGGGCCUUACCCUUACACACUGAAGCUGUGUUUCUCAACUACACACCAUGCCAACUGAAUACUCUCCCUUCAAGCUAUUUGUAAUGUUUUGUGUCUUUGCAUAGUUUACUGCAAAUCAGUUGUCACAUAUUAAACAUUCAACCAGUGAUGACCAAACCUAGGAUUGAUGUGCUUGACCUGGUUUUGUAUAAUUUUAUUAGUUUUAUCAUGUUUUUGAAUCCCUUGUUUAUUUUGUAUGUUAACACGAUAUUGGAUUUGAAUCAUUGCACACUAACCUAAGAUAAUGUUUAAUUAUGGGCCUGUUAUUGGCUUAUAAAUAAAGUUCAUAGUCACCAA